GUCACCAAAUUUCCUCCGCCGGCCCAACUAUAACUUACCACAGUGAAUCACAUUUGAAAAAUUCAAAAAACUCAAAAUUAAUAAAGUUCUCACAAAAUUAGCGUUAAUUAUGUGUGAAUUUUGUUAAUUAAUCAUUUAAAUUUGAUUUAAGGAUUGGAUUGAUUUACGUUUUUUGUGUUUGAUUUGGCUGAUUGAUCAAUCUACAGCAGAUCUUAAGUGAUGGCUCAACCAGCUGGAAAUUCGGGAUGGCUAAAAGGAAGAGUCAAAGCUGUUACUUCUGGUGAUACUUUGGUGAUUAUGGGAUUGACCAAAGCUGAAAUCCCGCCUGAGAAGACUGUCGUUUUGGCUCAUCUUUCGGCUCCAAGAUUGGCUCGUAGAGGCGGGCAGGAUGAUCCAUUUGCAUGGAAUAGCAGAGAAUUUUUAAGGAAGUUGUGUAUUGGAAAGGAUGUCGUUUUUAGAACUGAAUAUACCAUUCCAAAUUUCUCUAGAGAAUUCUGCAGUGUUUUCAUUGGUACUACCAAUGUUGGAAGCGAGGUUGUCACUCAUGGCUGGGUCAAGGUUAAAGAGGGUAAAGGAGAGGUGACUCCUGAGCACACUGAACUGCUACGACUGGAAGAACAAGCCAGACAACAGGGCAUUGGUCUAUGGGACAGGUCUCCGGGUUCUACUGAGGCAUCUAUUAGAAACCUUCCCCCAUCUGCUGUUGGUGAUCCUAGUAAUCUGGAUGCUAUGAGCCUCUUAGCCUCAAACAAAGGCAAACCCAUGGAAGCUAUUGUAGAGCAAGUUCGUGAUGGGAGCUCACUGCGUGUUUAUCUGCUUCCUGAGUUUCAGUUUGUCCAAGUAUUUGUUGCUGGAAUCCAGGCACCAUCGAUGGGGAGAAGGAUGACACAAGAACCUACUAUAGCUGCUGAACUACCAUCCGAUGAACCAAAUGGAGAGACUAAUGCCGAGUCUCGUGGCCCGUUAACAUCAGCCCAGAGAAUUGCUGCCUCAUCAACGUUCAAUGAAGUUUCCCCUGAUGCAUUUGGGAGGGAAGCUAAACAUUUUACUGAGAUUCGUGUACUAAACAGAGAUGUUCGCAUUGUUCUCGAGGGUGUUGACAAGUUUAGCAAUCUGAUUGGUUCCGUGUAUUACUCGGAUGGUAAAUCAGCUAAGGAUUUAGCAAUGGAGCUUAUUGAAAAUGGAUAUGCAAAAUAUGUCGAGUGGAGUGCAAGUAUGAUGGAAGAUGAAGCCAGGAGGAAGUUGAAAGCAGCAGAACUUCAAGCCAAGAAGUUGAAGUUGAGGCUUUGGACAAACUAUGUACCUCCAGCUACUAAUUCAAUGGCAAUUUCAGACAAUUUCACUGGAAAGGUAGUUGAAGUUGUUAGUGGGGACUGCGUUGUUGUUGCCGAUGAUUCUCUGCCAUUUGGCAGUCCUGCAGCUGAGAGACGAGUCAAUCUUUCUAGUAUCAGGUGUCCCAAGUUGGGAAAUCCACGAAGAGAGGAGAAACCCGCUCCUUAUGCCCGUGAAGCAAGGGAGUUUCUGAGAACAAGAUUGAUUGGCCGUCAAGUUCAAGUAUCAAUGGAAUACUCAAGGAAGGUCCCUGUUGCCGAUGGAUCUGCUGCUCCAGCUGGGCCAGCAGAUUCAAGGGUGAUGGGAUUUGGAUCAGUCUUCCUAUUGUCUCAAGGGAAGGAAGGUGAAGACGUCUCCUCUACUGUUCCCCCUACCGCUGUUAACCAGCAGCCUGGCGUGAAUGUUGCUGAGCUCAUCAUUGCUCGUGGGUUUGGUACCGUCAUUAGACAUAGAGACUUUGAGGAAAGAUCAAAUCACUAUGAGAAUCUUCUUGCAGCUGAAUCACGUGCUACUACAGGGAGGAAAGGGAUUCAUUCUGCUAAAGAUCCUCCGAGUAUGCAUGUCACAGAUCUCUUGACGGCAUCAGCCAAGAAAGCCAAAGAUUUCCUUCCAUUUUUGCAACGUAACAGGAGGAUGACAGCUGUUGUUGAAUAUGUUCUUAGUGGUCACAGAUUCAAGCUAUUUGUUCCAAAAGAAACAUGCAGCAUUCCUUUCUCAAUUUCUGGUGUCAGAUGCCCAGGACGUGACGAGCCUUACUCCAAUGAAGCAAUUUCACUUAUGAGGCGAAAGAUAAUGCAGAGGGAUGUGGAGAUUGAAGUAGAAACAGUUGAUAGAACCGGGACCUUCAUCGGAUCUUUGUGGGAAUCAAAAACUAAUGUGGGGAUCACACUUCUAGAAUCUGGCCUUGCAAGGCUCCAAACUGGGUUCGGUGCUGAUAGGAUUCCAGAUGCUCACCUUCUUGCUCAGGCUGAGCAGUCUGCGAAGAAGCAGAAGUUAAAGAUAUGGGAAAACUAUGUUGAAGGAGAGGAAGUUACCAACGGUGCAACUCCUGAUAAGAAACAGAAAGAAGAGUUUAAGGCGGUGGUUACUGAAGUCCUUAGUGGGGGCAAGUUUUAUGUCCAGGCUGUUGCAGAUCAGAAAGUUUCUUCCAUCCAGCAGCAACUUGCUUCUUUAAACAUCAAAGAAGCACCUGUGAUUGGUGCAUUUAAUCCAAAGAAGGGCGAUAUCGUCCUUGCACAGUUUAGUGCAGAUAACUCAUGGAACCGAGCCAUGGUUGUAAGUGGUCCACGUGGUGCAGUCCAAUCAACUAAAGACAAAUUUGAAGUGUUUUACAUUGAUUAUGGAAAUCAAGAAGCUGUUACUUACAACCAGCUGCGUCCUUUAGAUGCAACAGUAUCAUCUGCACCUGGGUUGGCUCAACUUUGCCAACUUGCUUACUUAAAGGUACCCACUUUGGAGGAGGAUUAUGGACAGGAAGCAGCCAUGCAUUUAAGUGAAUGCACACUUAAUGGGAAAGAAUUCAAGGCAGUAAUUGAAGAGAGGGAUACUUCUGGAGGAAAAGUUAAAGGUCAAGGUACUGGAACUAUUCUCCUUGUAACGUUGAUUGACGAGGAGUCUGAUACCAGUAUCAAUUCCAUUAUGCUGAAGGGAGGACUAGCAAGAUUGGAGAAAAGGAGGAGAUGGGAGCCUAAAGACAGACAAAUAGCGCUGGAUGAGUUAGAAAAGUAUCAGGCAGAAGCACGUACCGCGAGGUUGGGGAUGUGGGAGUACGGUGAUAUCCAGUCCGAUGAUGAAGAGAACCCACUACCUGCUAAAAAAACUGGUGCUGGAAAGCGUUGAAAAAACUGAAACUUGUUGCAGUUCAAUAGUGUUUACAAAGGCUACCAAAUUCCUUUGUUUAAGGGAGAUAUGAUCUGCUGCCAAGCAAUAGAAAGUUGAUGUUUUCGUUUUUUGAGUUUUACCUUUGCGCGUUUUUUUAAAAACAUAAUUUUGUUUGAUAGAGGACAAUUUUGUUUUGCAACCUUUUUCUUCUUUUAUUAGUUAAUUUAUAGACUUUCAAUAAGGCGAGCGUUAAUGUUUAGGACAAGAGUUUAACAGAGAUCAUAAGCCAAUGUUGUUUGUGAUAUAAGUUAUAUUUUUUGUGUUCAA